ACGCGUAACUUUAACUACAUUUUUAUCCACCAAAAUGGCGGCAGUGCAAGAAAGUGCCGCUAACAGCCAAAUACAGCAAAUUCCAUUAAGUCAGCUCUCAAUUCAACAGUUAGAUCAAAUAAAACGAGACAUUGAGCAGGAAAUUAGUGUUCUUUCAGAUUCUUUAAAUGCAUUGAAGUCAGCUCAGCAAAAGUUUAGUGAUUCGCUCGAUAACUUAACCCUAAUAUCUAAAGAAAACGAAGGUAAAGCGUUAAUGGUUCCUAUAACAUCUUCAAUGUAUAUACCUGGGAUUAUGGAUACAAGUGAAAAAGUUCUUGUUGAUAUUGGAACUGGUUACUAUGCUGAAAAGUCUGUUGAUGAAGCAAAGAAGUAUUUUCGAAGAAAAAUUGAAUUCGUUGCUAAACAAAUUGAUAAAGUUCAUCCUGCAUUGUCUGAAAAAAGUAAAAUAAGAAAUGCUUUAAUCGAAGAGCUGAGUUCAAAAGUUUCUCAGCACAUGGCGCAACAAGCUCCAAAGAACCCUGUAGUAAAACCUGUAAAAUAAUAUCAAACAAAAAAAUGCUUUCAUAGUCUUAGCA